CAUAUCAUACAAUGGCUUCUGUGGCUACUGUGACACUCCCCCUUCCCGCUCUUCCUAGCGGCUGGGCUGCCGAGAAGGACUUCAAGGCUGUUGGCAAGCUCUCUGAGGCUACUCAGCGAAGCAUCGAGCCUGUCGGCCCUCACUUCCUCGCCCACGCUCGACGGGCCCGUCACAAGCGUACUUUCUCUGAGGACGACCGAAUCCAGGCCCAGGAGAGCGCCAAGAAUGUCGAAGAUGGCGAUGUCAGCGACGAGAGCGAGCCUGAGGACCCCAUGAUGCUUCAGCGUGAGGCCAAGGACUGGAAGACCCAGGACCACUACAAGAUUCUUGGUAUUUCCAAGUACCGCUGGAGGGCUACUGAGGACCAGAUCAAGAAGGCCCACCGCAAGAAGGUUCUCAAGCACCACCCCGAUAAGAAGGCUGCCCAGGGUCGUGUCGACGACGAUCAGUUCUUCAAGUGUAUCCAGAAGGCUACCGACGUCCUACUUGAUCCCGUAAAGCGCCGUCAGUUCGACUCCGUUGAUGAAGAGGCUGAAGUCGAGCCCCCAACCAAGAAGCAGCUCCAGAAGGCCGACUACUACAAAGCCUGGAGCAAGGUCUUCAAGUCUGAGGCUCGUUUCUCCAAGACUCACCCUGUCCCCUCCUUUGGAAGUGCCGACGCCACCAAGGAGCAGGUCGAGGACUUUUACAACUUUUGGUACAACUUCGACAGCUGGCGAACAUUCGAGUACCUUGAUGAGGAGGUCCCCGACGACAACGAGAACCGUGACCAGAAGCGACACCAGGAGCGCAAGAACACCAACGCUCGCAAGAAGAGAAAGGUCGAGGACAACGCUCGUCUCCGCAAGUUGCUAGACGAUGCUUCAGCUGGUGAUGAGCGUAUUAAGCGUUUCCGACAGGAAGCCAACGCCUCCAAGAACAAGAAGCGUCUCGAACGUGAGGCUGCUGAGAAGAAGGCCAAGGAGGACGCCCAGGCUGCCAAGGAAGCUGAGGAGAAGGCCGCCAAGGAGGCCGAAGAGAAGGCUAAGGUCGACCGUGAAUCUUCCAAGAAGGCUAAGGAGGCUGCCAAGAACGCUGUCAAGAAGAACAAGCGUGUGCUCAAGGGAUCCGUCAAGGACGCCAACUACUUCGCUGCUGGCGAGCCCACACCUGCCGAUAUCGACUCCGUCCUCAACGAUGUUGAGACCAUCCAGGGCAAGAUUGACCCCGAUGAGAUCGCUGCUCUUGCUGGCAAGCUCAACGGCCUCAAGGUUGCUGAUGAGAUUAAGGCUGUCUGGACCGGCGAGACCAAGAGACUUGUCGAGGCUGGCAAGCUUAAGGAUGGUGACAUCAAGGUCUUGGCUUAAGCGAUGCAUUUGAUGUGAUUGGAGAAAACGUUUGUGGGAUUGUCAUGAUAGGCUCUAGAUAAAAUAGAAACGACGUUAUGGAUUCUAGAUUAAAAUGAGAAGAGCUGUAUACCGUGGUCGGGCUACAUUCUAUUUACUCAUGGCCA